AUGGGUGUAUUGAUCGAUGAAAAUAGUGCUUUACGUCAAGAAAAUGCUAAUUUAUUUCAACAAUUAGAUAGACUUCGACUUGAAAUAGCACAAAAACAAACGAAUCAUGAUCAACUUUUACAAAAAUCUUUAUACUAUGAUCAUGUUGUACAAACAUUAAAUGAUUUACAAAAAGAAUAUAAUCAUAUACAAAAACAAUUAACUCAUUUACAAAAAGAAAAUGAUCGUGAUACAGAAGAAAAUAAGCAUUGCAAAAACAUUUAA